UCCAGCAGGAGCAUCAUCACCGCGGACCAUGGAGGCUCUACAGCCGAGGCGGAGCGGAGCGAACGCCGCGCUGCGGGCGGCGGCCCCCGCCUGGAUCCUCUUAAGCGCGGCACCGGGACUGCGGGCGGAGAUGGAGGAAAUCGACGGCACGGAGAAGGAGGCAGAGGAAAGUCACCGACAGGACAGCGUUAGCUUGCUGACAUUCAUUCUGCUGCUGACAUUAACGAUCCUCACCAUUUGGCUCUUCAAGCACAGACGGGUUCGGUUCCUCCACGAAACCGGGCUGGCAAUGAUUUACGGUUUGCUGGUGGGGGUCAUUCUGCGGUACGGCAUCCCCGCCACCAGCUACCACAACAAGACCCCCCCGAGCUGCUCGCUGAAGGAAGGACCGGCCAGCACGCUGCUGCUGAACGUCAGCGGGAAGUUCUUCGAGUACACCCUCAAGGGAGAGAUCAACUCUCGAGAGAUUCACAACGUGGAGCAGAAUGACAUGCUGCGCAAGGUGACCUUUGACCCCGAGCUUUUCUUCAACAUUCUGCUUCCUCCAAUUAUUUUCCACGCUGGAUACAGUCUGAAGAAGAGAAAUUUCUUCAGGAACCUGGGCUCCAUAAUAACAUAUGCGUUCCUCGGCACUGCCAUCUCAUGCUUUGUGAUCGGGAACAUGAUGUACGGCGUGGUGACGCUGAUGAAAGCGGUCGGACAACUGACCGACAAGUUCUACUACACGGACUGCCUUUUCUUUGGUGCCAUCAUUUCUGCCACAGACCCGGUGACGGUGCUGGCCAUCUUUAACGAUCUCCAUGCAGACGGCGAUCUCUACGCUCUGCUGUUUGGAGAAAGUGUGAUGAACGAUGCAGUGGCCAUUGUGCUCUCUUCGUCUAUUGUAGCCUACCAACCCAGCAGUGCAAACACACACAUCUUCGACGCAGCCGCCUUCUUCAAGUCCGUGGGUGUCUUCUUGGGUAUUUUCAGUGGCUCUUUUGUGAUGGGGGCCACCACAGGGGUCGUCACUGCUCUCGUCACCAAAUUCACCAAGCUGCACUGCUUUCCGCUGCUGGAGACCGCCCUGUUCUUCCUCAUGUCAUGGAGCACCUUCUUGCUGGCCGAGGCCUGCGGCUUCACAGGGGUGGUGGCGGUGCUGUUCUGUGGCAUCACACAGGCCCACUACACCUACAACAACCUCUCAGCGGAGUCUACGAAGCGCACCAAGCAGCUCUUUGAGGUCCUUCACUUUCUGGCUGAGAAUUUCAUCUUCUCCUACAUGGGUUUGACUCUCUUCACCUUCCAGAAUCACAUUUUCAGCCCCAUCUUCAUCAUCGGUGCUUUCGUGGCCAUCUUUAUUGGACGAGCUCUGAACAUCUACCCACUCUCCUUUUUUCUCAACCUGGGGCGGAGGGUCAAAAUCAGAGGAAACUUCCAGCACAUGAUGAUGUUUGCAGGUCUGCGCGGGGCGAUGGCGUUUGCUUUGGCUAUUCGAGACACCGCCACCUACGCCCGGCAGAUGAUGUUCACCACCACGCUGCUCAUCGUCUUCUUCACUGUUUGGGUGUUUGGCGGUGGAACCACGCCCAUGCUGUCCUGGCUGCACAUCAGAGUUGGAGUGGAUCCAGACCAAGACCUGCAGCCUUCUGCAGACAGUUUCCAGGUCCUGCAGGGGGAAGGCUCUCAGGGGGAUGGACAGAGUAAAACCAAGCAGGAGAGCGCAUGGCUCUUCAGGUUUUGGUACAACUUUGACCACAACUACCUUAAGCCCAUUCUGACACACAGUGGUCCCCCCCUCACCUCCACCCUGCCCGGUUACUGCGGCCCGCUGGCGAGCUGCCUGACCACUCCACAGGCCUACGAGAAUCACGACGAGCUGAGGGACCCAGACUCUGACCUUAUCCACAGCGACGCCGACCUGACCUUCAUGUUUGGCGAUACUUCCAUCACGGCCAACGGCGCGUCAGGCAGAGCGGACGCCGCCGGAGAACUGGGCUGGAGCGCAAACGGAAAACGGAGCGGCAGCACGUCCGAGGAGGCGCUGGAGCGCGAGCUGGACUCCCGCGAGCAGGAGCUGCUGAGCCGCGGCACGCGUCUGGUUUUCCCCGUGGAGUAUCACAUCUGACCGUGCCGACCCCACCCCCACCCCCCUUUACCCUUUACCUGCUUGAGCUGCCAACCUCCCCAAAUCGGACUCCCAUACUGCUUCGCCAACAGCUGCUGCCGCGCAGGUCUUCAUGGAUGAGAGGCAGGAGCAAACGGGACUGAGCUGCCCUGAAGGGCAGGAAGCACAGACCCCAGGAGCAUUUCAUCCUCAUCACUCGGGGAGGGGGUCGAUCUCAAGGAGUCUCCAAAGGAGAAGCCUCCAAGCUCUUAAGAGAUUGUUUUGCACUGCAAAGGAAGAUUUUGUCUGCAUGUCAGGACAGAUUAGACUUUGUGGUGCAAAAGGAGAAGACCUCAUCGUCUCUCAUCAAUCAGUGUCCUCCAAAAACCUUCAUUCCAUCCGUUCACCUGAAGCCGCUGGGCGUCCAGCAGCUUUGUGGAGCAGAAUCGAACGUUCAUCGAACAAUAGAGGAGAAGAAUUCCAGCAUGUAAAUAGCUUUCAGGCUGAUGUUUGGCUAAACUGCUUCUUCUUCUUCUGGUUGUCAGAACACAAAAAAAAUGAGUUUGACUUCUCAUUUAGGGUUUCUCCUAAAGUAAUGCUAAUAGUUCUGACAUUUGAGAAACAAACAGAAAUAUGCAUGUGAAGUAAAGAGCCAGCCUUCAUAGUAUUUUUGAGUAUUUUGAAGAAGAAAAAAGAAAAAAACCUAAGAAUUGUUUACUGAUAUUAAGUAUAUUGAAAUGUACAGCUGCUUCAGUUGUUGUGACAAAAUCAUCACCAGUAUCUGCUGUAUUCUGACUGUCAUCAGUCCAAACUGAUAAAAAUGUGAUAACAAUUUGUGAAAGAUGAGCCUUUGAAUCUUUUUGGAGCCCUUAUUUUUAUUUUUAAGAGACUGUUCUAUUUUUUUGUACACCUUGAUGCGAUGGCUAAUUUAGUUUGAUGUUUAAAUGAGACCCCUGCUAUAGUAAAAGAACUACACGGUCCACCUAUUCUCAGUAUUUUGGAUCUGAUGUUCAUUUUUUUUGUGUUUUUUUUCCAGCAGGGACAUUUUCAAACCCGUGACAUUAAAGGUAAAGCGGACAUAACGGGUGACUUCAACUAAACAAAAUCCUGGAAGUUUCAAGAAUUUUUCUCUGACAUGACUGGAACUGAGUCAUUAUUUAACCUUUAAUCAACAAAAGUACAAGGAAGAUAAAUAUCAGUUGAACCUUUUUUUGUUGUUGUCUUAACAUAAUGAGCAGCGAUAAAAGAAUAGAUCACAUUUGUCAUUGUUUUCUACAUCCCAUUUCAGAAAAUGGAUGUCCCGGGCUGCAAGGUGGUGCAGUGGCUGGUGCUCUCGGAGAGAUUGUUACAGGGAGGGGAGCAGGGUUACAGAAUAUUUAGGGUUACAGAAUAUUUCUGCUCAUAUUUACAUCUAAUCCAACCUAUUCUGAUUUAUGACCCGUUUCCGGUUUUACUUUGAACACCUCCCAGGCUCUUGUGUUCUCGUUUUGACAGCACAAAGCGGCUACUGCAUUUAUGUAUGAGGUAGAUCUGAGGUUUUUCUUACGUGUUUUUUUUUUUGGGUCGCCGGGGACCUCCAAGAGGAAACCAAUCUUGUUGUGUAAGCUGUUGCCAAGCUGUAUGCAGAACAGGUCAUUUAUACUCUGCUGCAGGGAAGUUGCACUUUCUAACAUCCAUUUUCACAGCCAGAUGACAGACUUCCUCAUAAUGUUGCCGUGAAAAUAAAAAUAAAAACACUUUUGAGCCAUUAAAGAGUUAAUUGUGUCAGAACUGUGAUUUGUUUUUGUUUUUUGGUCUUUAAAAUCUUCCCCUUAACACAAUCGGAACAGAAAUUUGCCCCAACAGCUGGUUUGCUGAGGUUUCUCUGUGGAUGAGAGCACUUUAUGGACAGCUUCACUGAAGGCGGCAGACAAAUAAUUGAGCUUAGACUGGCACUUUACCUCCCAUAGAGGACACUCAUGGGACACUUGCAUAACCUUCAUGUGCACUCUGUACCGCUCCACCGCUGCGCUGUCAGUCGUCUUGCCGGCUAUAUUUAAAUGCUCUCUGUACCUGAGAAAUACGAGAUGUAGCCGAAAUGUCUGUAGGUCCACCUGUUGUCUCCAGUGGCAACUGGCUGCCAGGCGAGCAGUGGUUUGCAUGUCAACAUGCUAAUAAAAAAUCAUCCAAUUUCAA